GACAUUCAUCCGAACGGCCGGCCACGAAGCCGACGCGCGCGCGUCGUAGUGCCAGUAGCACCAGUAGUGCCCGUAGCGCGACAGCCUUUGGCGACAGCAGUAAAAGGAGUUUGACAAAGCGCGUGACGUGAUCUCGGUCCUCAACGGGCCAUCUUUAUCGCUCUUGCGAAAGUGCUCCAAGUGCGCCGACCACGUUGUCGUUGCUGCUGCAUAUGUUGUCUGAGCGGGCGACGGUUUCACGGUUUCGCUGCAGAUACAGGAGCGCCGAUUCACCCCAUAUCGGCUCAUUAACUGCCUGAACGAUUGUUUUAAUAUUUUCUGACCUUGUAUGUCAUCAGUGCGGAAACGGCAGCGUGACCGCAACUUGGCAUCUUGACGCGUGGAGCCGGCGUUGACUUGCUUCAUCAGCUUCAGUCUUCAGUAAUAGACAGUCACGGUACCAAUUUGUUGAAGACCAAGAAGUGAAGUAAUUGGAGACAAGCUCGUUUAUUAAAUGUCCUAGUGGCAUAAAGCCAAAGAUAGCAAAGAAGAGCCACGUAAUAAGAAGAUUCAGAAAGAACAAUGGCAUUCUCAGCAUUCAGAGCCCCACAUGUGAGCACCAUUGCUUUGGCAACUGCAGCAGUAGGUGGAGUAGCUGCAGCUGCAGCUUUUAUUCUGCUGAGGCACAGGGCUACCAGCAGAAAUAACUUUGUGCCUGUGGGGCGUGUGGCCAAUAUUUUCAUCUAUCCAAUUAAGGCAAUUGCUGGGAUUGAGGUGCCUUAUGCUGACUGCAUUGUGACUGGACCUGUCUACGAGGGACUCAAAGACAGAUCAACCUUUCCCUUUCAUGGCUCCAAUCACCGUCACUGUCGAAGGUUUAUGCUGAUUGUGAAAGGUGACAACUUUAUUUCAAUGCGUGAAGAGCCCCGCCUUGGCCUUAUCAAGAUGAAUUUUGAUAACGGCAAGUUGACACUGACAGCUGAUGGUCAUCCACCACUCAUUAUCGAUGCCUGUGACCCAGAUGAACUAAGCAAGCCUUCUUUUACUGUCAGAAUGCGGCAAUUUAGCUACAAUGCUGUGGAAGUGUCCAAAGAAGCAUCGAGGUGGCUGGGGGCAUACCUUCAGAAAGAUGACAUUCGCCUUGUGAGAAUAAUUCUUGACCAAGAAGCACUUGACCGAGGGAAGAACAGCCCAACAUCGUUGGUCUGCCAUGAUGAAUCAGCAUUUCACGUCCUGUCAAAAGCUUCACUUGAUGUACUGUUGUCGAAGCUCCCUCCAGGCAGCAAUAUUGAACGGAAAAAUUUUCGACCUGCUCUCUUUAUUGAUGAAUGUGAAGCUCACGCAGAGGACCACUGGGGGCGCAUGAGGAUUGGUGAUGCAGAAAUGGCCUUGUCACAUCGCACCACAAGGUGCCUUGUUACAACUGUUGAUCAAGAUGCCGGUGUCAGGACUGACAAGGAGCCCCUAGUCACAUUGCGGAAGUACAGAGUGGACAAGUCACCCGAAGGCAUUAAAAAAUAUACACAUCAGCCCCUGUUUGGUAUCAGCACUUAUCACAUAAAAGGUGGCAGGGUUAACGUCGGAGACAUAGUAUAUGCAGUGGUAUCACCAGAACCUCUUCUGUGAACCUACGGUCCAUAUAGGCAGCUGGCACUGUGGUGUGCACAGCUAUUUCUGUACUGAUCUUACAGGGGCGUAGCCGAAAAUUUUCACUUUGGCAUGUGUAGAUGUACACGCACACAUACAAAAGCACGCAUGAACAUACAUAAAGUAUUAUAUUUAUUUAUUUACCCUCAGGGCCUUUCGGCAUUACAGAGGGGAGUGGGUUACAGGGGCCAUACUUGAAAAGGAGCGAUUAUGGUAACAUUAAACCGUGAUUAAUACAAUAUCUGUUAAUCAUGCAAUACUAGCCGAGUAUGCCAAUAUGCUGUACAACGAGGAAAUGAAGAAAAAUAAAAAAAUAAAAUGAAAAAUAAAAUUAGUGUUAUUUGCUUAUUAUACAAUAUUAGCUGGGCAUGUAAAAUGCAGCGUUCAAAACAGGACUGCAGGUACAUUUUUUUAAAGGCAUGAUGACACUGACAGAUGUAGCAUUAAUAACACACCAUAUAAACGGGCGGGUAACAUUAGUUCAUACAAGUGAUUGUUAUUAUACAAUGUUAGCUAAAGCUUUACGAAACUUCUCCUUGUUAACAAUAGACACAAUAUCAGCCGGAAGGUCAUUCCAUUCACGUGACGUACGAGUGAUGAAUUAUUCUGAAAAGCAUGUCGUGUUACAAUCACAAAUUCUAAGUUUGUGCUGAUGAUCAAUGCGGUGAGAUAAGUAAUAUGGUCGUGACAUGAAUUCCGCGUGCAGAGUAUGAUGGUGAUAAAGUUUAUGAAAAAAUGAUAAACGAGAAAUUUUACGGCGUGUAGCCAGUGACUCAAGACCGAGGCGUGAUUUCAUUGAGGAUGCACUUGCCAUUCGGUUGUAAUUCCAAAGACUAAACGACAAGAGUUAUUUUGGAUUAGUUCGAUGAAAAGUAUGGUUGAACCCCCCCCCCCUCCCCCCCCCCCGAAAAAAAAUUUCUGGCCACGCCCCUGCGAUCUUAGAUGUUAUAGCUCGUUGAGUUCUGCAGUGUUGUGGACUUAUUUCAAAGCUUCCGACAUGCAAAUCGAGGCUGCAUGUUUAUCAGCGUGACUUAGUUAUUUCUUUGAGCAUUCAUGGGAUCACUGAUGCUUGUUUAUAAUACGUGGUGACAUUGUUAUUGUUUAUGCUUUGGUUAUAAAUUUCGAGUUGCAUACUCAAUAUUGUAGAUUGCACAACAGAGACCAGGCAUAACGGAGAAAGUUUAGUUCAGUUUUGACUCGAAUUGAUAUAUAUA